CGUUAUCUCAACAAAGCGGGGAUCCUCCUCAUUGUAAGACAUUAUGAAGACAAACCUGCUCAGAAACAACCUCUCUACGCAAUCUCCCCAUCACACACACACACACACUCACACACACACACACACCCUCCUCAUGGGCCCACAUCCUCAAAAUACACAUUUCGCCGGCACACAUAAGCCUGUUCAGAUGCAGAGGGAGAACUAGUCUCUCUCUCUCUCUCUCUCCCUCCUCCCUCGUCCAUCAACAUCUAACGGCGCACCGCUUCCACCAAUCUGUGCAGCGAGAGGACCACCCCAACCCCUGAACCUGAAUCUACCCGCCUUGCCCGCUUAUAAAUACCGCUUGAAUCACACCGGCAAGUCUUGGUCGUCAGAAACGCUCAGGGUUGCAGCAGAACAUCCCCCUUCGUCUUAUCCCCCCUUCAUCGUUUCUCUGUUUUUUAAAAGAAAAAAAAACCUCACGCAUUCAUCCAUUUUCACUCUCACUCCUUCCCCACUUCUUUUUUUUCCCGAACUGUAGUUGUUUUUUUGCGGCCAGUUGCAUGCAUUUUUCGUCUCCCAAAAUGGUUUGCGAGACUAAAAUUGUUGCGGACGAACACGAUGCUAUACCUGGGACCAAAAAAGAGUCGAUCAUGUGGAGCUCUCCUCCGUCCAGCGCGGCUCUUAACCCCGCCGAGGCCAAGGAUGUGAGGAAAGAUGCGGUUUUUAUCCGCGAGUUCGAGCGCGGGGAUCAAGAGGAGGUGCGCCGCAUCUUUUACGAGGGUAUUAUGGAGAGGAUACCCAACACAGCGUUUAGGGGGCUCAGGCAGCAGCCCAAGACCCAGUUUUUAUACGCUCUUCUGACAGUAAUGUGCUUUUUCAUGACCAAAUCCGUCACGCUGACCUGCUGUGCACCCCUCAUUCUCAUGGGUGCACGCUACUACUACAGCAGGAAAGUUAUCCAGAGUUAUCUGGACUGUGCUCUGCACACGGACAUGGCUGACAUAGAGGAUUAUUACAUGAAACCCACAGGCUCCUGUUUCUGGGUGGCAGUGCUCGACGGACGCGUGGUGGGCAUCGUGGCUGCGCAGGGCCGUGAGGAUGACAACACGGUCGAGCUGCGGCGCAUGUCGGUGGACUCUCGCUACCGCGGCAAGGGCAUCGCAAAGGCACUGGGUCGUCGCGUCCUGGAGUUCGCCGUGCGCAACAACUACGCCGCCGUCGUCCUGGGCACGACGGCCGUCAAACUGGCCGCCCACAAGCUGUACGAGUCGCUGGGCUUCCGCCGAACGGGCCAGAGCGAGGACUACAGGCUCCCCGGGAUGAGCCGCUCGCCGCUGGAGAGGCUCUUCUUCCAGAUCCGCUACAGCCGCUACCGCCUGCAGCUCCGUGAGGAGUGAGAGGUGACAGGGAGAGGGAGAGAGAGAUGGAGAGGGGGAGAUGGAGAGAGAGAGGGACAGAGAGCGAGAGAGAGAGAGAGAGAGAGCAACGACCCUCCUUCACCUGAGAGCCCCGAUUGCAUCCUCUCCUCUGACAGCUUUUAUUUAUUUUGUGUCAUUAGAGAUAACUUCAAGUACUACUUAACACUUCUACUCUUUCAUCUUUAAAGUCACUAACGUUUUUAUUACUAUUAUGCUUUUGUUGCUGUUGUUUUUGUAUUAUACUUUUACAUUUUAAAUAAGAGUUUGUUUCUUUUCUUCUAUUUUAUUAAUCUAUUUUUUGUACCUUUACCCCUCCUUUUCAUUGUGGGAGAAAAAAAUUGGCAUUCACAGAAGACACCUAUCUGGCACGCCAACAACGGCACCCUACCUGGCCCCUUUGGUUUUAAAGCUCAUGUGACUCAGAUCAAUACUCCCCUUCAUUACUAUUCCACAAUGCCCCUCUUUACCCCUCCCUGUUACCUCAAGCCUUCCCUUCAGUCCCACAUUCCCUUAAUUUUCCCACAGCAAAACUCAACAGGCAGGUUUAGAUCGCAGGCGAGUUCAGUGACAUUGAACAUUUGCUUUUGUUUAACCGGGGGUGGGGGGGUGGACAGAGGAAUAGAUGGGUUGGGAGGGGCAGGUAUGGCCUCCUCAAGGGCAAAACACACAAAGUGGGGAAAGCUUGCACACACUCUUUUACAAAAGCUCUUCAAUGUUACAUUUUGUGUGUGCAUUGUGGACAGAGCCAACACAAACACAAACACAAACACUCACACUCACACACACACCAGAUCAUCUGGCUUUUAGCCAGUCUCUCAAGACACCAUAUUGAAGCACAGCGAGAGUGUGUUACUGACCCCCAUAGUGAGAGAGAGGGAUGACAGGAUGGUUACCGGAAUAUGCAGUGUGUAUCCUGCAUCCUAAACGGACGUGAAUCAACACAUUGCAUCUUCCUCACACACACUCCUCCUCCUCAUUCUCCUCACUGAUUAUCUGAUUGGAUCUCUCCUACCUUUCUAUUUUUUUCUGCCCCUAGAUCUAUCAUCAAGUUAAUCACUCCACUUCUCACUGGAGCAGUGGAGAGGGUCUCUGAUUGGUUGAGGUGACAGGAGGGUGGAGCUUUUUUUCUCGCUGCGGUGUCCACCACUGACAGAUCGCAAGAUACAAUAUAGCUGCAUGUCAGAGCUUGUGUAUGUGCGUGUGAUUGCUGGGAGUAUGUAACUGUGUAUGUACGUGAGUGAGUGUUUGAUGAGGCUGUGGUCAGACAUUAGACCGAGCCUCAUGACGAACAAUUAACCUAUUUUUAUUUUGCGUGAACAGAUGCGCACCUUUCUUGCUCUGAGUCAAGUGUUAUCUGACAAAACAUUACUACUUUCUAUGUGUACUUAAAAAUUGUUUACUGAUUGAAUCAAGAUAAAUUCUAACAUUUUGAAUAUGUUUACUAUUUGACUGAUAAUUAGUAAUUUUAUAACUUUAAACACAUAUUACCACACUGUAAUAUGCAAAUUUUAUUGUCAAAACUACAACAAUUACAAAGUAGCUGCAGUCUGACUGCACCUACUUAAAUCCAGGUUAUUGGGGAACAACUUGGGUAAGACAUGACUACUGGCAAUACUUGCAAUCCUACAGUACAUAACUGAGCACAAAUAGCAGAUAAUUAUUUAAACCGAUAUAUUGGCAUUAGUAUUCCUUCUCCCCCAUGUAUUUAUAUUGUGUAUACAGUUGAAAACUCAUGUAGCGAACAAAAGUUUCUCCCAUAACACCUCUCUCCAUCUCCAUCCUCUGAACAUACAACCAGCAGUAGAUUCAGCCAUCCACUACUCUGAGCCUAAGUUGUGUCAUUAAACCAUUUGUAAAAAGAAAAAUAUAAAGUAAAAUACAACCAAAAAAAAUCACAUAAGAAGAAGAAAAAAGAAAAAAAAAACUGAAUACAAACGUAAUCGUCAUGAAGUUAGCAAUGACCCUUCUUGCCUUGCCACCCUUUCCCUCCAAACUCUCCCUACCUCCCAUUCAUGAAUCUGUCUGCAACCCUGGGCUAGACCCCACACUUUCCAUUUGAACCCUACACACCCUUCCACUGACCUUUGACCUCCCCUGCCCCAAGGCCCGACCCAUUCCCCGCCCAUCUCUGCAUGCGCCACAGAGCCUUGCUGCACUGCUUUUAUUACUCCAUUUGAAGCUUGUUGGACCAACCCUAAACCCCAACCCCACCCCUUUACUCUGAUGUCAUCUAGGCAGUGUGACGCUGCCUCUGCAACUACAGGAUAGACUAGUGCUGGGAUGCAAGGGAGAUGUAUGGUUUAUAUGAGUAUGGAUGUGAUGCAGAAGAUGCAGGAAGUGAGAGAGAGAGAGGAAAAAAAAUGUGUGUGUUAAGAGUUGGUGCAGACGUAGGAUACACUCACCAACCGCAGCACUGCCUGGAUGACAUCGUGCCUGUCAGCCAACCAACUGUAGAAUGCAAAAAGCAAUGCAAGUGUGGCAUGCCUCUGUACCCGGUGUGUGUACGGUGCCUGCCCUGGAAAAGUGUAGAAAAAAAUUAACUGAUAUAUAUAUAUACGAUAUAUAUAAAUAUAAAUAUAUAUAAAAAGAAAAUAAGCUUCUUUUUUAGAUGAACAUAUAAAAGAAAUGUGUGUUUCUUUGUUUGGAAAAAAAAAGAAAAACUGUACCAUUUGCAUGAAAUGUGUCUUUGAAUGCAAAUAUAACUUUUAGGGGAGAAACUCCUAGCACAUGGCAUACAGUGGAACCAUAGACUUGCAAUUUUUUUAUAAUGGUUUAUUUUUAUUUUAAUUCUCUGUAAUCAAGACCAGGUUGUAAAAUUAAUACCAGCCACUAGCCAGUGCUUGUAAAUCUUUAGGGGGCAUCCCGUUCUGAAAUCCAUGCUAAAUUUGAAAGCAGCUCUCGAUUUGUCUACAGAUUUAUCCGUCACUGGCUAGAGGACAAAAGUUAGUUUUCUUCCUCGAUCACAGCGGGAGUGAGGGCAUGUGACUGAAAGUAUCAUAGCUCUUCUUCCAUUAAACCAGCUUGUAGCAAGGUUCCCAAACACUUUGCAGGACUAAACAUAAGUGGGCGUUUGAUGAAUGAUGCAAAAGAAAACAUGUAUUCCCACGCAGUAUAUAGUGCAAAAUCAAGUGACAUAUCUUUCAUCUGCCAAGUUCAUCACAUGCAGAUAAAGGAAACACAAGAAGUGAGCGACAUGUGUUUAGAUUUUGCUCCAGGUGUUGCAGGUAGUCAGAAGCGUCCUCAAACCCAACACUGAGCCUCCACUGGUCAGUUUAAUGCCUAAAAAAAUAAAGUACACACCUGCUUUCUUUUGCAUCUAACUUUGGAUUAUUAUUAUUUUUUAACUAGGGAUGUGCAUACAAUACAUAAUCAGUUCAUAAGGGACAACAGUUGACCUUAACUAAGCCCCUGAGAUGCCUAUGCAUGUCAGGUCCAGUGGUACUAAGGCUUCUUCCCCUUCCCUCACUUUGUUCAAGCCAUGUGAAAUGAGACACGUCUAGAAGAGGUUUAGCUACUGACAAGUUCUUUGUCUUAAUUUUAGUCAACUAUGAUUUCCCUAUGAAGUUCUACAAAGUAAACGCAGGGCACAAAUGCACUGAAAGCAUCAAACAGUAUUGUUAAAAAAAGAAAAGCAUCAGAUGUUUUCAUUGGGCCAACAUGUGGAGGAUGCCUCACACUACUUUGAUGCAUCUGCUUUGAACUUGGUUGUUGCUGGAGAGUGAGAAGAGGACCAGACUGUACUUCUGUGAUGUUUCUGGAGCAGCAGCUACCACUGACAUUCAUAUAGUACUUCCAAACUUCCCAUCAAACUAAGCAGGAAAUUAGGAUACAACAGCCAAACUAGGGUAUGAACACUUCCAAUAUAAGAAUCAGACUGUAAACCAUCUAUUUCACCUAAAGUAAAAUCACAGUUGAAGGUGCUGAAGCUUCAGAUAUCCUCACAGAAAUACUGAGAAACUAAUCUGGACUGAAAUGACUGAUGUCAGUAACCGCUGCCAGUGGGUUUAGGUCCUUACUGUAUGACUCAUUCUUUAUAAGACUUGGGUGAGGUCUGAAGGUUGAGAGUGAGAGGUGGGCUUUGCUGAGGUGGACUGUAGAAAAAAAACAAACAAACAAACAAACAAAAAAAACUGUAGUCUGGAUCUUGUGGAAGAAUGUGAAGUCUGUCAACUCUGAGCCAUUUCUGCUGCUGCCAAUCUCAGUUUUUGCCUGAUGAAAUUUAAAAAAUGCUCCUUUGUGUAUUUUGGGAUAAAUUCUUAUCUGUCAUGGUACAUAUUCUGAACAAAGGUAACAUUCAAAAACGCCUAUGCCAAGGCCUUAUGCACUGGAAUCAAACAAGUUCAAAUAUCUUGUGGACUGCAUGGCUUAAGGUAGUUAAAGGGUGAUUUUGAAUUGUAAAGAUGAAGUGCACUGACUAUAAUGGAUUUAUGUCUGUUUUGUACUUCAUGUGAAUGCUAUGCUAUACCCUGUGAAGUCUCACCUCCCCAUUUAAAGCUGGUAUUGCAUACUUAAUGUUAGAAUGUAGUAAUUAAACUGUAUGCAACUUCUACCAGAGUGUACAUUUAGUUACAAACCAUUCCUCUGAAAUGUUCUGCUGAUGUACAAUCCAAAAACAAUCUCACACUUUUUCUAGUUGGUUUUCUGUGAUUUGUUUGAGUGCGAGUGUGCUUUCCCAUUGGUUGAGGUUUGAGAAGGUAUGCUGCAUAAAGGCCUCUCCAGCUGGAGAAGGCUCUUCUAGUUUAGAGUGCUUUAGAACCCAAAUAAAUGAUCAUCUGACACUCUCUCUCUGAUGGCAAACACAGAGGCACAAGCUGAGGCCACUGAAGCUUUGACUUCAGCAUUUUUUUUUUUAAUAUGGCCACAUUCAGUUUGGUAAAAAUAUCUAAAAUUUGUCAUGAUUAACCUGUUAUUCAGUUUCUCUGCUGGUGAAGGAGCAUAGAAUUCAAAACUGCACAAAUGUACAGAUCCUGUGGGUGUGUUGUGUUACUCUGAUGGUGUGUGUCCAUGAUGCUCAACAGCCUUGGGGGCAAACACUCACAGGCAUGAAUGUAAACUGCCAACAUUUAAGGUCUUAGAAAGAUUUUUUAUGUUUUGAAUCUUUUCUGGUUGCUUUUUUUUUUACUUUAUGAAUGAGGAAGAACAGUGGAAAGCGGUGAAAAGCAGCUAUUGGUUCUUUCAUUAACUGAUUAAACCACUACACUAGAUGUUAGAAAUUUUGUGUGAUUGUAAAUAUCCGUAUCGCUACUAUUACAAAUGUAUUAUUUACUGCAACCUGUCAUUUUUUGCUGGUUUUAACCAACCCCGAUGGAGUUCAUUUUUGUCUCAGAAGAUGGCUGUCGUCUGGAAUGUUCCACCUAACGAGGAGGGCGAGGGGCGAGGGAGGAAUGUACCACAUUGGCAGUUGCAAGGGGGGGGGGGCGUUGUGGUGGGGCGGCGGGAGGAGGUCUGCCAGCAUCAGAGCUCCACAGCAUGGACUCCCUCUCUCUCUCUACCUCUGGUGAGGAUUUUGCUCCACUGUGGCAAAUAUGGAAGGACUCACUCUGGACUGAGGCCACAGGUGCCAAGAACACAUAAGCACUUGUAGCACAACUGUGUCUUGUUUUGCUAUUACAGUACAGGUAGUUUGGAUUUUUUUAUAUUUCCUAUGAAGAAUAUGGAUAAAGUUUCUCUUUCUCCUGUAUUACUGACUGUAUGUAUCCUAAGCAUAUAUACAAGACAUGAUACCAUAAUAUAUAAUUCAUACUAUGACCCACGGCUAUUUUUGGAGGUGGAAAUUUGCCAAAGGUGACAGUAAUUGCUGCAUUUUUAUUCCUCAUGUGGCUAUAUUUUGUUCAACACAGCCCUAUACUUAUUUGGUAUUAUUUGGAAAAAAAUCCUGCCCACGUGCCAUCUAGUCAAGCAAUAAAUACAAACAAACCGACAAAUCCACAAAAUAAUGACACGCUAUAUACAAGGAUUUUAUUAAAAUCAUGAAAUGCUGCAUUGAUGUUAUAUCCCUUAUACUGUACCAAUUAGUGGCAGCGAUGCCAUCGCAGUAUUGGCAUUGCAACAUUACCACUCAUCAUAUCGAAGCCUGAAGGGGUGUUUGAUUGUAAAAUGUUUCUGUUUUUUGUAUUUUUCUUUACAAAGAGGUGUCAAAGAUGUGUUUUUUAAAAACUCAAAGUUGAAGUACACAGGUGUACCUCUGCAUAUUUGUACAGAUGUCAAUAGGAAAUGGGGAAAAUGACAAGAGGGGGAUAAUGGAUGCUAAAGAAUGAGCAGAUCAAGCAGACAGGACAAAAAAAAGAUGGCGUGAUCACACUCUGAAAGUGCUAUCUGCUGUAAGUCUCUUAACUGGGCUUUUAUUUAACCACAAAAACUUCUGAUUAACUUGUACCAAUAAGACAAACUUCACUACCACCACUCUGUCAGUACGAUUGAAAAUAAUCAAUUAAAAACAUGCUGCAGCUGCCAGAAUCACAACACUCAACCAUGUUGACUUUUCUUACAAGUGAGAUUCAAAGUCUUUUUUUGAAUCUGCAAGUUAGUAACUGUAAAGUUGUAAAGUAUAUUUUACUGUAAAUAGCAUCUGGGGGUCAUUUUUACUCCUUUUGUAACAGAAACUGUGGAUUUAAAAUAUAUAAAAUAUAUUUUAAAGAUAUUUACAACACUAAUAAAGAGAUUCUACAGUAGUGCAGGUGUCUUAAUCUGUACUACCUCACAACAAUCCCAUACAGACUAAUGGCAGCCACUUUCAGGGGCGACAGCACACGCCAUCUUAGCCCCGGUGUCUGUCCCACACUGAUGGGAUCAGACACAGCCUUCCUUGUCCUUGUCCUGUCUGCUUGAACUCUCAAGUCAUCAGAGAGAGCCUAAAACACUGCAACAGCAGCAGCUCUGUUAGCUUAUAGCACACACCAGCCAAGGUCAUGAAUAUGAGUGGCUCUGGACUGAGCUAUCUGGCUAAAGCAAGCUGCUGCAAGGCAAAGGGGGCUCUCUCUGCCCUGGAGCCCUGUCAUGGCUGUUGUCUGUUGCCAGGAAACCAACCCGCACAAAGCACAGCAGGGGAUUGAUAUGCAGCCACACUGUGGGGAGGCAGGCAGGUCAACUAACCAGCCAUGAUGCAGGAAUGGAAGAAGGGAUUGAUGGAUAGAUGGAUGAGAUGGAUGGACUUACGGGGGGAAGGGAGUUAAAUUUGCAACUGAGGGAACUUUGUAACAUGGGGGCGGGGAGUGGGGUGGGACCUGUAGGGGAAAGACGGGUGCUCUGGCGAGGGUGAGGAAUUUGAGAAAGGGGGCCCAUAGGCACGUAAAGUGGAGCAAUGAGUAAAUAGCGCCUGGGGCCCACUGGGUUAGAGAGGUUACAGGAAGAGGUGAAAAGCAGGGUCAAAAUUAGAGAGGGACAAUGUUGGUCCAAGAUUCUCAUGCACAGCACACAGGAGAGGCAUGGAGCGGUGAUUUAGCAGAUUUACUGAUUCCCAGGGAGACGGAGAUGAAGAAGCAGGUCAGAGAAAGACCAUAACAUAGUGUAGAUGCUGGUUCAACCGGUCUGCCUCAACCUCAGUGAGACUGCAGUGACAACCUGGUUUUUAUUGGGGUCUAUUAGCUUUCAGUUCCCUUUCUGCCAUUCCUUUGGAAGACUGCUGUAUUACCACACUGGGAUUACUAUUAUUAUUGUGAUUAUUAACGCUUUCUUUUAUACUGACAACAACUGGAACACUGUAUAGAUGUAAAGAUGGGAUUUCUUGCAUUAUGACGAUGAUUGAAACAUGGAUGUACAUAUAUUGUAUCAAUUAAAAAUGAUGAUGCAUUAAGCUUUUA